GUUUUGGUAAAAGAGUGAGCGCAGAAUCGUCUGGGAAAUCAUGGCGUCGCUAAAUAGUAAGACUGCGAUCUGUGUGAUCUGCUCGGAGAAGCCGAAAUACCGCUGCCCAGCUUGCCGCGUGCCCUACUGCUCGGUCGCCUGUUUCCAGAAGCACAAAGAGCAGUGCAACUCUGAAGUGCGUCCUGUUGAGAAAAGCCCAACAGUGGUUCCCGUAAGGACUGAGGAAAACAAAGGUGACGACUCCUCUAUAGCUGAUUUCCUCAACAGUGAUGAGGAAGACGAUAGAGUGUCUGUGCAGAGUUUAAAGAAUCUAGGUAAAUCAGAAACUUUAAGAAGCUUACUGCUCAACCCGCACCUGAGGCAGCUGAUGAUUAACCUCGAUCAGGGCGACAACAAGGCGAAGCUGAUGAAAGCCUGCAUGCAGGAGCCCCUGUUCGUGGAGUUUGCAGACUGCUGUUUAAGAAUUGUGGAACCAUCCCAGAACAAGGAUUCUUAAAACUGGAUAUGCUGUCUGCUCAAGCCGCCUGCCCACUGCUCCGAGGAGGAGGUUUUCAGGCUGUGGUAGCACAUGUGGGUCUUCUCUAUCACAGAGCUCGCUGCAGAGCCUUUGUGAAGAGGAAACUUGCAGCCCGGAGAGAUGGCUCAGCAGCUAAAGAACUCUUGUUGCUCUUGCACAGAACCCAGUGUGGGCUCACUGGAGGGCAGCUCCCGGCUGUCAUUAACUCCAGCUCUGGAAGAGCUUAUGCCCUCUUCUGGCCUCUGCAGGUACUGUAUGCAUGUGGUACACAUCAUAUAUACAGGGAAACUACAUACAUAAAGUACUUAGAGAGUACUAGAGAGUUGGCUAUUUAUAUUUAGAUGGUGGUUCUAAAUUUUAUUUCUUGUACAGUUCAGAGUUACAUCAUAAAUACCAAGUGUAUCCAUUUGAAUCUAAAACUGAUAGUGUUAAGAAAUUUAAGGUGUGGUUCUCUUGACCCUGUAUUGUUCAUUGUCCUUGGUAACAUUAAAUAAAUCAGUUUAUUAAAUAUUA